CCAGACACGCCCUUCCUCAGCCCCAACAUUCAUGCACGUGAGCUUCAGCUGUAGCUACAACCCAGCAUUGGAUCUGCGUCUUCUCUGGAAUAAUGUGAGGAUUUCAUGGUCAAUUUUAUUUGUGUUUACAAUAUUAACGCUACUGCGUGUUAGGUAUGGGUGAUGUUAUGACAACAUCAACAUGUCGUAGAUUCGUAGCGAUUAUAUAAAUUGAUUUAACUUUUUUUAAAUAGUUUAUAGAGCUAUUGGGGUAAGUAAAUAUAUAUGUGCACCUUUUAGUGGGCAGGAAUAAUUGGGAGAUGAGAGUGGAAAAAGAAACAAGUGUGAAUGAGUAAUUGUGAUUUGUUAUUAUAACUGCCGCGAAAGGAAAUUCAAAUUCUCACUUUGCACGUUGGCAGUUUUUUUUGUGCACGCUCUCCGAGACGGAGUGUCACGUGUAACGCGGUAAGCGUUGUAAUAAGCGCACAGUUGCCGCUUUCUAUUGUUGCUUUGUGCAGUUGAAGCCUUGUUUAUACUUUCACAAUUCACAUAGAUACGCCGCGAAACUGUUUACUGCGCGCACUCCUCAUUAAACCGACGAGGCUUUUAUUCUUGACGUGCUCUCUGUUGUAUAAGUCUGUGAAACGACAGGGGGCGACUCUGAUAAAUUCUUCUUCAAGUCAUCAAAAAGGAGCGAUGAGAGGAAGUCAUUUGCUUGCCGAAUAAUUUUUGAAACACUCUUCUCGUGAUUAAUGGAUUUCUUCACGUAUAAAUUGAUUAGUAAUGGAUUCAGGUGUGUGGUUCACGCUACUGGGUGUGUUGCUGGUGAUGACUGAUAUGAGCCAUUCCAUCCCAAAAGAAGCACUCCUAGAGAACAGCAAACACCUUCUGGAAUCACAUGAAGACUCAGACGACAACAUAGUAGAAAGUCGGGGGCCAGUGGUCACUGAAGGGCAGCUGGAACAUUUAUUGGAAGAUCGUCUUCUGUUAGAGGUGCUACAAGCUUUCCUACACGUUUCUCAGAGAUAUGAACGCAACCCUUCAGUGCUUCACCAGCCUCAACGGUUCGGUCGUGGUGCUCGGAGCGGUCUGUCAGCAGAGAUACAGUCUCGGGACUGGGAGACAGUUCCCGGUCAGAUCUGGAGCAUGGCUGUGCCGCAAAGAUUUGGCAAAAAAUAGCACCAACCUGCCUCAAACAUUAAAUAAUAAAGUAUACAAAGAUGA